AUGGCUUUCUCUGGCACCUUGAGAUGCCCACCAUCUAUUUGCCGCUUAUCAAAUUCGAUUCCAUCUGUAUCUUCUUCUUCUUCAGUCUCUUUCCGUUUUACACCUUCAAUUUUCAAUAGCAAAAGGCCCCUCUUGUCCGUCAGUUCAGCUUCAGUGGAAGCACCACCUACAUCUGGAGGACUUGCUCCUGCAAUUUCUUUGACAGAUAAUGCAUUGAAGCACUUUAAUAAGUUGAGGUCUGAAAGAAAUGAAGAUUUAUGUCUAAGAAUUGGUGUCAGGCAAGGAGGAUGUUCUGGCAUGUCUUAUACUAUGGAUUUUGAGAACAGGGAAAAUGCUAGACCAGAUGAUUCUUUUAUUGAAUACAAUGGAUUUGUCAUAGUUUGUGAUCCAAAAAGCCUUCUCUUCCUAUAUGGUAUGCAACUGGAUUACAGUGAUGCACUGAUUGGGGGAGGCUUUAAUUUCAAGAACCCAAAUGCUACACAAACCUGUGGCUGUGGUAAAUCAUUUGCUGCUGAGAUGUAA